AUGGAAAACAGAAAGGAGAUGGUGAUGCUUGCGGAGGGUGGUCAACUUGGCAAGGCGGUUGGCAAGACGAGCUCUAAUUUCUCGGAAGCAGUUGGAAGCCCCGCGCGAGAACCGCAAGGAAAGACGGUCCACAGGAACUGCCUGAGCCCUGGUUCUGCACCCUACUCGCGAGACAGAGCUGACGAGGAGGUGGAGGGCGCACACGGACGCGUGUGCGCCGAUAUAAGGCCGGUUGGCAUGUCCUCUUCUACGGAGAGACACCGGAUAGAUCACACCAACAAAGAAACGAGCAGCUCGGACACAGAAUCAGACUUCUAUGAGGAAAUUGAUGUGAGCUGCACGCCAGAAAGCAUGGACUACCCCGAUGGGAAAGGUAAUGAAUAAAACGGAAUGGCACUCUUCAUUUCGUUUUCUUUAACACAUUGCAUGGAUGUGAUUUUGAAGUUGGGAAAAACGAAUUAAUGCAAUCGAUGUGACGCUGUAAACAUGGUCUACAAUCGAUUCGUAGUAGCCUAUUUCUGUGAAUGCAGCGUCCAGAAUGAAAAAAGUAAAUUAUGGCGUAACAUAUGCAAGAUAUUCCGUACGAUUGAAUUAUGGAUAAGGAGUGACAUUUUACUGAACAUAAUUAUUGUUUUUUUUAACAACGUUCAUUUGUAAUGAAUUAAUUUCUCUAUAGAUUAUUACAUCCACAAUCAUGAGAGAUCUUAGCUUGUUAUAGGGUUACACCCCCUUAGCUAGGGUUUUAACCACAGUGUCACUUUUAAAGUCACCCCGGCGCCAGACACCCUAUAGCAAAUUAACCAAUUUGCACGUAUACUACUAGUAGAGAUUUUAAGUAAACAAACCACAAAUAAAAAUGACAGACCCCAAAACACUAGAAUACCUUAUUAAUUCGUUGGUAGACUGAUUGGAAUUAUCUGGGGACCAUACUCAAGGAGAACUGACAUCACACUGGCCAUGUCUUUAUGAAAAAUAGGCUCCAAAUGAAUUGUCUGAUGCUAAUUAUUUGCUUUUUUCAUUUUUUACUUAUCUAUUUUUUACUUAACACUUUUUUUAUAUUCUUAAAACUGCAUUGUUGGUUAAGGGCUUGUAAGUAAGCAUUUCACUGUAAGGUCUACACCUGUUGUAUUCGGCGCAUGUGGCAAAUAAUAUUUGAUUUGAUUUGAUUAUUACCAUAUGUAUUUUGAGGACCUGUUUUCAAAUUAAUGGGAAAAAGUAGCCUACAUGUUGAACGAAUGAUUAUAUAUUCUAUUCUCUUCACAUUCAAUUGGGUGCUGCAUAAAAUAUCACAAUGAUGGAUUAAUAUAAUUAUCCCUUCUGCAGUUAGCUAUGGUAUUCAUUUAUCUGGAUUAUUUAGUUUACUCUAGGCCUAUAUAGGCUUAAUAUAUGAUGAGAUGCAUUUUGGGUAGUUGUGGUGCACUGCUUUCGAUUUAUGUCAACCUCAAUCAAACAAAAAAUAGAGGCUGCAGUGACAAUUAUACAAAACAAAAAUAACAAAAGAAAACAUGUACAACAUAUAAUUGUAGGAAACUAUUGUCAUCAAAUGUAUCUUUACUUUAUGCUAUUCAAUAACUAAUGAUCUGAUUCAUGUUUUAAACCCAUUCCAGGUCGAAACGGUGAUUCCCCAUGCCACCCGAGUGACAACGGCAUGGAUCUUGGUAAGAUUAGUUCAGGACAGGGCUCGCUGUCUUACGGGGCCGACGUGAUGCGACGGUACCGGACAGCCUUCACUCGGGAGCAAAUUGGCCGGUUGGAGAAGGAAUUCUACCGGGAGAAUUACGUGUCCAGGCCGAGGAGAUGCGAACUGGCGGCUUCACUAAAUUUACCAGAAACCACAAUCAAGGUAGGAUAAGGGUCUUCGGCUUUAACAGUAGCCUAUUUCAACAUCAUAACGUUUCUCGACUACAUCUAGGCCUAUUGCCCAUACAACAUAUUUGGCAUAGAAAGGACAUAUCUUAGUUGCAAAUCUAAAAAGAAAAUGUGAGUUCACUUGAAAUCACAUCAGACAAAUCGAGGCCUUGGCUACUCAACCUAUAUUUAUGUGGGUUCUCAAAACAAUACAGUAAAUGCAAUUUCACGGGCAAUAUUUACCGAAAUAAAACGUUGAUUCAUUGUGUUAAUGAUUAAACAGGAAACAUUUAAGGGGCGAGCUUAAGAAUUUGCAUAGGCCUAUACACUGAGUUUACAGAACAUUAGGAACACCUUCCUAAUAUUGAGUUGCACCCCCUUUUACAUUCAGAACAGCCUCAAUUCGUCGGGGCAUGGACUCUACAUGGUGUGGAAAGCGUUCCACAGGGAUGCUGGCCCACGUUGACUCCAAUGCUUCCCACAGUUAUGUCAAGUUGGCUGGAUGUCGUUUGGGGGGUGGACCAUUCUUGAUACACACAGGAAACUGUUGAGCGUGAAAACCCCUGCAGCGUAGCAGUUCUUGACACACUCAAACCGGUGCACCUGCAACCUACUAUCAUACCCCGUUCAAAGGCACUUGAAUAUUUUGUCUUGCACAUUCUCCCUCUGAAUGUCACAAUCCAUGUCUCAAUUGUCUCAAGGCUUAAAAAUCCUUCUUUAACCUGUCUCCUCCCCUUCAUCUACACUGACUGAAGUGGAUUUAACAAGUGACAUCCAUAAAGGAUCAUGUCUUUUUCACCUGGAUUCACCUGGUAAGUCUAUGUCAUGGAAAGAGCAGGUGUUCCUAGUGUUUUGUACACUCCGUGUAUGUCUGGCCACUGCUCUCUAACUGUAAGGCCAUUUGGAACCUUGCGUAAAAGUGCAAAAACAGCUGUAAAUCUGUUGUCUGUCUCGUCACAGACAUAUGAAGGUUAAUAUUUUACCCCACCUGUCUGUAUGUUUGUGUUCCAUAGGUGUGGUUCCAGAACCGACGAAUGAAGGACAAGCGGCAGCGUCUGGCCAUGACGUGGCCUCACCCCGCCGACCCCGCCUUCUAUACUUACAUGAUGAGCCACGCGGCCGCCACCGGGAACCUCGGUUACUCCUUCCCGUCCCACCUUCCAUUACCGUAUUACUCCCACCUUGGGGUCGGAGCCGGCUCGGCCUCCUCCGCCACCCCGUUCUCCAACCCACUCAGGUCCCUCGACAGUUUCCGGAUGUUGUCUCAUCCCUACCAGAGGCCAGAGCUGCUGUGUGCGUUCAGGCACCCGUCCCUGUACCACAGCCCGGCCCACGGCCUCGGUCCCGGGGGGAGCCCCUGCUCCUGCCUCGCCUGUCACUCCGCUCAAACAAACGGCUUUCCACAGAGGCCCACCGGGUCAGACUUCCCGUGCUCCCCAACGAGCAGGACUGACGCGUUUCUGACGUUUACACCGUCGGUGCUGAGCAAGUCCUCACCGGUGACUUUGGACCAGAGAGAGGAGGUGCAAUUGACCAGAUAA